UCUUGAAUCUUUUUUGCUUUGGCUCUCUUCUUUAAAAAAUACCCCCCCUCACACUUCAAACUCUACUUUGGUUCCCUCUUCAAAUCACCCAGUAAGUGUAAAAGAGGAUCCUCCUGCUUCCAAGGGUUCCAGCUUUUCUGCUCAGACCAGCGGAGCUUGGUCCAGAACUUGA